UGGUGUAUCUUCGUAAAUUCUUUGGUUGGUGCGCAGAACAUCCAUGUGGCGAUAGAAAUAACCAAUAACGGCAUUCAUAUACUCUGUGAUUUUGGAUGCUGUCUGUGAUUGUUGUCUGUGCGUGGGAGGUAUUAAUUGUUGUGAUGUGAUAAUUUGCUUUAUUCAUGAGUUAUUAUUGUAUUGUAAUGCGAGAAUGUUGAGAUUCCUGAGUAGAAGGAAAGGACGUAAUGCUCCAAAAUCGGCUCACAUUAAAACUGGUGGAUCACAGAGAUCAUUGUCGUCGAAAAAUGUCAUACAGUGCCGUGUUAUUCUUUUGGAUGGCACCAACCUCUCAAUUGAUUUGUCUAAAAAAGCAGUUGGGAGUGAUCUUUAUGAACAAGUCUUCUAUUCACUUGACCUGAUUGAGAAAGAUUAUUUUGGUCUGCAGUAUACAGAUGCAAACAAUAUUCAGCACUGGCUUGAUCCUACCAAGGCUAUCAAGAAGCAAGUAAAAAUUGGUCCUCCGUAUACUCUUCGUUUACGAGUAAAAUUUUACUCCUCGGAGCCCAACAGUCUUCGUGAAGAGCUCACUCGAUAUCAGUUUUUUCUUCAACUAAAACAAGAUAUAUUUGAAGGAAAAUUGGAAUGUCCAUACCAAACUGCUGUUGAAUUGGCUGCAUUAGCUCUGCAGUCUGAACUUGGUGAUUAUGAUGAAGCUUGUCAUACUCCAGGAGUUAUCUCUGAAUUCCGUUUUGUACCUAAUCAAACAGAAGAUAUUGAAUUAGCUGUUUUAGAAGAGUUUAAAAAACUUCAUGGCCUGACUCCUGCCCAAGCCGAAAUGAACUAUUUAAACAAGGUGAAGUGGCUUGAAAUGUAUGGAGUUGAUAACCACAUUGUGUUGAUUGGUAAGUUGGAUUUUAAAAAAAGAAAGUUGACUCUUGUUGUUGUUGAAGAUGAUGACCAAGGGCAUGAACAAGAACACACAUUUGUUUUCAGAUUGCACAAUGAGAAAGCGUGCAAGCAUCUGUGGAAAUGUGCAGUGGAACAUCAUGCUUUUUUCCGUUUACGUGUGCCAGUGAAAGGUCCGACUGCUAGACAAAAUUUUUUCCGCAUGGGAUCUCGUUUCCGUUACAGGAACAUGAUGCGAGGUGAUGGAGGUAGUCAGAUGUGUACUGCUAGUGUUGACAUAUCUGAUCCUGGACAGGAUGCCAAAGAUUCUGAGUCAGGAGCAUAUUCUGCUGAUGUGGCGGGAGCAGACAAAGAUAGUAUUGCAGUAAGUUCAAGUGGAGGAGCUUUGAUAAAUAAUGCUGAAGACAGAUUAGACUCAUUACUCAAAACACUUGCUAAGGAAACACUGAAUUCAACUAAAGAUGAUGAUUCAAAGAAUACUAUUUCAUCUGCUGAUGGCAAAACUGGUGAUGCAGAACUUUCGAAAUCCAGCUUAACUAUGGGUUCUGACACCUUAAUUGAUAGCCGGACUCUACCUAACAACCAGAAUUGCAAAUUUGUGACUGUGGGUGUAGCAGGUGGAGCUCGGCCUAUACCACCUGAUCAGCUGAAAUGUAACAUUUUGAAAGCCAAAAUUGAAGAAGAAAGUAAAAAAAUUAACGCAAACAGUCGAGAUGAGAAGAACAUUUUAUCUGGGAUGAAGCAACUAUUGGAAGAAGAAUCAUCAAAAAUUAUACCAUUGGAUACAGGUGGUGAUAAACUGACAUUGCCUUUGGGUGGUGCUAGCUCUCCUGCUGCCAGUUUAGUGGAGAUGGAUAUAAGUACUGGCACUGAAGUUACUGAUUCUGCUGAUCCUGGUCUCGGCCCAUUCAAUCCACAUCGGCGAAGUGUGACACCGGUCACAGUAACACAUUUUUCAUGGUCUGAUCAUGGCACAUUAGAACAAGUUGUUUUGCCUUCUUCUGCCUCUGAUGCAAUGAGCAAUUCCACUCUUGCUAACAAAUCAUUAUUGGUAAAUUUAUCUAAUUCAGAGGCAGCUGCCCCCUUGAAGUCACCACUUCUUAUGGACAGCAAAAAUGAAAAUUCUAAUUCUCAGUUUUGUACCUUCUCUUUCAAUAAUCCAUUUCUUACUCCCAUGUCCAUUUCACAAUUGGCAUCUGAAGCUACUUCACCAUCAGCUACUAAUCCAUUUAAUGUCACUGUAUCUGAUCAACCAUUUGCCUUUUCAUCCUUUACUGCUCAUGAAUCAAAUCCAUUCCAAGAAAUGGAAAUUAAGUCAGAUGGUGGGAUUACUCAGGAUAAUAGCCAUGAGGCAGAGGAAAAGCAUGAUUCUUCUCUGAAAUACCGAAACAAGAACACUGAAGAGAAUAAAACUCAUUCAGUCACUGAUCAACAUACUGGAGAUGCAGAAACAGUUAAAAAAGAUGCAUCGUCACCCAUCACCAAAACGGCUGCUGAUAUUUCUUCUGGACCAACGCCAAGUAGUCAGCCAUCUCUCAAUCAGCUGUCACCUUGGUUAGUAGCAUCAGAAUCAUCAUGUACACCUACAAAGCCAAUUUUGCAGAAGAAGACUGUCAUCACAACUGAAUUGUGAAGUGACGUUUUCCUUUUUGGAAACAUGAUAAGAGAAAUAUAAAGAUACAUCCAAUCCUGAUUUACUGUUGCAUAACUUAAGAAAUGUCAGUGUUCCCCAAAGAAUUUGUUCUACAAUGUAAACUUAAUUUUUUUUAACAAGGGACCAAAUCAGAUCUUCCAUUUAACAAGUCAUGAGGCAUAAUCCUUCUACCGUUGAUUUAAACCGAAUAUGUAUAAGCCCAUCUGAGAUGUAGCCUCCAAAAUACACUGGUUACACUCUACUAUAUAUUUUAGUUAUGCAACAUUAAUCCAGAAUAUCUGAAUUAACAAAAUCCUGCCAGUAUCAUCUUUGGCAGAAGAGAAUUUAACUAUGAGACUGCAUCCAUUAAAUUAUUUUCUUGUCUUUUGCAUUUAUUCUGAAAUGGUAGCUUUAUAAAUAAUAUGACAAUAAUUUACAUUUGUUACAUUUUUUUAAAUAUAUAAACUGAAAGGAAUAAUGUGUAUUAUUCAGAGUUGUAAUUAUUAAGUAUUACAUUUAUGUAAUAAGAACAUAUUGUAAUGUAAUUGAUUCCAGUUUCAAUGCAUAGCAAAUCUGUUGAGAUGUUGAGGGACCAUAUGUGAACAACUUGUUACUUAACUACUUUGUCUCCACAUUUCAGUCUGUGUUUAGACUUAGAUUGACAUGCAGAGUAUUUAUCUUUAUACCACAAAAUAUGCUUUCCCCAAUUUUCAAUGGAAGUUCACCAUCUCCACAAAUGCCAAGCCCAGUGUCUUUUUAGUUAUUUCCUGGGGCUAACAUGAAUCUAUUCCGUGUAAACUUUGCUUUGUUUAAUUUUAUUGCCGAGGAAUAUCCUUCUUGCGUUCUGAGGGUGUAACACUGACCCAAAGUAAAUGCUUAAGAGAGUCCAGGGUUAAGAGGUAAUCUUUAUUUCCACUUUUUGCCAAGAAAAUUAGCAAUUUUUAAUAAAUAAAUACAUAUUCAACUGAAGAAUGAAGUUUUGGCAAAAGUAUGUUAACAAAUAUUUGUUUAUAACUCAUUAUUUAAUCAGAAUUCAAGAAAAACUGAUGAAGUGGAAAAAUUGAAAUCACAAACUUUCUGCAGUAGACUAGGAUGAAGUCAUCAUUUAAUGGAUGUUUAGUUUUUGACUGGAAUUUGAAAUACAAAUUCAUAAUUUUUCAUUUAGAAAAAAUAUUGAUGUACACUUUAUUAAUUGUUUGGUUAUAAAACUUUAUUAAUUCAAAAAAUAAGAUAGAAUGUUCAUAUUAUAGUAUAGAAAUUUGAUACAAUAUUUAAGACAAAACAUGAUUGCUUUAUGAUGACUUUGUCCCAACCAAUAAUUGAGGCGGUUGACCUAAAAAGGGAACAAAUUCAAAAAAGCUGUUUUGAGAAAAACUGUGUUGAAAGUUUUUAUAUUUAUAUAAAGUUUAUGCGUUUUGAUAACGAUAUAAUAACUUAAAUAAAAACGUAGCUAUUCAAGACACGUUAUACACAUUAAAAUGAAAGAACAACCCAGCUUCCUGAAAACAGUAAUUUAUAUGCAUGUGAUAUUGUGCCCUUUCUAUGCAGAACAAAUUUAAUGUAGUACAAUGGAAUAAAAAUGUUAAAUACAUAGAAUAAAAUCUUAAUACAAAGUGACUAGUAGCUUUUAAAAACAGAUUAUGCCAUUCUGCGCAACAAACUUAAACUUUUUGUUAGCUACAAUGAAACUUUGCUUGACAUCAAUAAGUAGGGGAACAUGAAAGAAAAAAAUCUCAUUUUUUAAAUCUUCUUUUAAGAACUUAAUGUAUUUUCUAUAAAGUCAACAUCCUCUUCAAAUAUAAAUGUUGUACAUCAGCAACUUUCUUAUGAUUUACAUCUCGACAAGUAGGUUUUUCAGUAGUAUCAAUGUCAAAUCCUUGGUAAUAGGUAUACGCUACAAAGUUUGUAGUGAGUGCGAGAACAUCACCAUUCCCAAGGUAUUUUAUCAGCACAUAAUUCAUAAUCUUGAAUGGAGUUUUACUUUUACACAUGGGCUUCCCCUAGAGAAAUAUCAAAAAUGUAUUACAACUCCUAAAGCAAAAUUCUUGUCCAUUACAAUAUGAAAUGUAGCUUUUUGAUGUGGGACCAUCACCAACUCGUGCAUCAUUUAUGUCACUGGUAUCACUAAUUUUCUAAUAAUAAUAAUAAUAAUAAUAAUAAUAAUAAUAAUAAUAAUAAUAAUAAUAAUAAUAAUAAAUACUUCAUUCGAAACAAAAAAUGAUAAUGCCUUCACAGUUGCAGCUACCUGCUUCUUAGCAAACUGCAUAGCUACUUUCACACUUGGGUAUCAACCUCAGUUUGCAAGGUACACAAAUGAAACUUCAACCACCUGCACUAAAGAACCUGGCAAACACGAAUAAUCAUUCUGCAUAGAAAGUGCUUAUAGACCUAUGUGCCGUUUUAAUGUCAACCACCUCAAUUUAUGUUGGGCCAGUUACAACAAAAUUUUAAAAAUACAGUAAUGAACUGCACAUGUGAUGUUCCUGUUCAGAAAUGUUAAAUGACAGGGAUGUUUUAAACGAUAAAAAUAUUAAGGAAAUAAUAUUGCCAAAAAGAGUUCUUUUCACUUUUCAAACUUAUAGAGGAGUUACUCUAAGAAGGGACCAGUUUGACAGAUCGGGAAACAAAUGAACAUCAUGUAAGGCAAUGGCAAUGCAAGAGAUAGUGAUGAAGCCAUUUACAAAUAAGAUAACUAAAUGCACACACUAUCAAAUUGAGCGCAUGAGCAUAGCCUGCAGUUAAGUUGCCAGCAGUGGCCAAGCAGUAGCUGUCAAAGCGGUCCCUUCAUAUAGUAAUUUCUCUAUACAUAUAAACUGUUAGAGGCAUUACAUGUGGUGUUGUUUACCAGUUUCUGUUCAUGAUAUAGAAAUCUAGUUUUGUUCAAAUAAUCAACAGGCAGUUAUGGAAAUAUGUUGGAUGAUCUCUUAGCCCCGGUGUUUCCUACUUCACUGUGUGUGUGACCAAUUUCUUAAGUCAACGAUUAGAUAUUGCUUUGCAGCCUGGUAAUUCAUACAAUUGAAAAAUAUGUCUAUAAAUGUUAAUGUAUUUUCAACAAUUUAUACAUUUUUGGAAAUUUAUUGAUAAAAUGUUGUAUUUGCUAAGACUACAAUUCAAAUGCUUUUUAAUUUCAGCAUUUCUGGGGAUGCUUGGAUCUAUCUUUAAACAAGUUGUAUAGAAAUCUUUCAUUAUAUAUUUCUCUACAUGUGUAUUUACCUGAACGUGCCUUUGUCUAGUUAAACAGAAAUGCUAUGAAGUAUUAAUGGGUUAUGCAGGAAAUAUUGUUUGAAUUUAAACUGGCUUUGUUUGUAGUAGUGCAAAUUUCACUGCUCGUCUCACCGUGAAUGUGAUUAUAAUCAUCAAAUGCAGGAUUACAUUGAUGUUUUUCUGUACUAAUUGAUGAAUCAGCAGAUAGCGAAAUCAAAAUUUCACAAAUUAACCCAUAAAUUGUCUAAGGAAUGAGCUUUGAAUUGUAGGAAAGAAUUAUUAUGCUUAGGAUUCCAGAGAUUGCAUUAUUAUUUUGAUACUGACUUGUUAGCUUUAUUAUAUUUAGUAUUAUGAAGUAAUGGAAUAGUGUAUAUUUUCUGUAGGGAUCUAAAGACCAUAUACCUGAAAAUAUGCUAUUAUGAAAAUAUCCGUCCAUGCCCAAUGAGCCAAGAAUACUAUCAUAAAAACUAAUACAGAUGUGUUUAUCAAAUGCAUUCAUGUAUUUCAUGAAUGUAAACCUGUUGGCCUGUUAGAUAAAUACAUAGUACAAACUAUUGAAGGGAACAAUUUUUUAAUGCUCCUAUCAAUGCAUUUGUUUUAGUUAUACUUAAUUCUAUUUUAGUCAAAUACCUUUAAUAAUUGUCAUUGUAUUAUAUUCAUUUUAUUGGUGGCUUAAAGAGGAUAAAUCUAUUAGAUUAAUGUAAGUGAAUUUUCAGCAGAUUGUGUGUGGGUGUUCAUGUGUGCACAUGUAAAAAAUUAG